GUCGUGUCCGCCUGGGUCUCGCCUCUCGCCAGCGGCCGGGGCACGCAAAUGCCUCCGCGCCCGUUCCCGCGCUGGACCUUCUCCGAAGCACCGCCGGGAGCCCGGGGCAGAUCGCUGGAAACUGUGAACAAAAUACUUCAUCUUCACUUCAGAGAUGACAAAACUAAAAUCAGCAGUGAUGCUUUGCUGCUAAUGGCAGAAAUGCUGAAAGUGUUUGUUCGUGAAGCUGCAGCACGUGGAGCAAGGCAGGCGCAGGCCGAAGACCUGGACAGGGUGGAUAUUGAGCAUGUGGAGAAAGUGCUGCCGCAACUGCUUCUGGAUUUUUAGAGGCCUGAUCAAGCAGAAUGGGAUUGAUGUAUCAGCUGCUAAGAGGAGCAAGUCCUGAUCUGGGAGUUAAUCUGAUACUGAAUGUCUGGAAUGGCACUCUGUUUAGCCACUGGUAGAGGCACUAUGGGGAAUUCAUUAUCUCUUUGCCAUUUUGCUGCAGUAGCUGCUGCUUUAUCAAUCCGUGUCUGAGUGGGGCAAGCCCCCAAGAGAUGCAAAGAGCACAAUGCCAUUCUAAAUGGGAUAUUGCACACGUUGAUUGUUGUAGAGUAAAUGCCUGUGGCAGGGCAUCUUGGCCCUCAUGCUCCUGAAGAGCCGUUUACAGUUAAGAAUGAAUAACAUAGCCAAGGCACUACUACUUAUCAGUGU